CUCCCAGGAACCUGCGCGCGGCUCCGGCGGCGUUUCCAGGGGGCCGGUUGGCGGGCGGACCCGGGCGGUGCGGGGCGGAAGUGGUCGGCUGCGGGACGUGCGCGGAGCCGCGCGGCGGGCGGGACCUGGCCGAGCUGGAGGGCGCCGGGGAGCGGGGCUCGGGCGGCCCCCGAGGCCCGGCGGAGCGGGCUUCUGGGGUGUCUGCGGCGGCGCCUGGGGAGCGGGCUGGGGAUGGGGCGCCUAGCCGGGCGGCGGCCGGGGCCUCGGCCAUGUUCGCGGGGCUGCAGGACCUGGGCGUGGCCAACGGCGAGGACCUGAAGGAGACCCUGACCAACUGCACGGAGCCGCUCAAGGCCAUCGAGCAGUUCCAGACAGAGAAUGGCGUGCUGCUGCCCUCUCUUCAGUCGGCCCUCCCCUUCUUGGACCUGCACGGGACGCCGCGGCUGGAGUUCCAUCAGUCGGUGUUCGAUGAGCUGCGGGACAAGCUGCUGGAGCGAGUGUCAGCCAUCGCUUCGGAGGGGAAGGCUGAGGAAAGGUACAAGAAGCUGGAAGACCUUCUGGAGAAGAGCUUUUCUCUGGUCAAGAUGCCGUCCCUGCAGCCCGUGGUGAUGUGCGUCAUGAAGCACCUGCCUAAGGUUCCUGAGAAAAAGCUGAAGCUAGUAAUGGCUGACAAGGAGCUGUAUCGAGCCUGCGCCGUGGAGGUGAAGCGGCAGAUCUGGCAAGACAACCAGGCCCUCUUCGGGGACGAGGUUUCCCCGCUGCUGAAGCAGUACAUCCUGGAGAAGGAGAGCGCGCUCUUCAGUACAGAGCUCUCUGUCCUACACAACUUCUUCAGCCCUUCCCCCAAGACCAGGCGUCAGGGCGAGGUGGUGCAGCGGCUGACACAGAUGGUGGGGAAGAACGUGAAGCUGUACGACAUGGUGCUGCAGUUUCUGCGUACGCUUUUCCUGCGCACGCGGAAUGUGCACUACUGCACGCUGCGGGCUGAGCUGCUCAUGUCCCUGCACGACCUGGACGUGGGUGAGAUCUGCACCGUGGACCCGUGCCACAAGUUCACCUGGUGCCUGGACGCCUGCAUCCGAGAGCGGUUCGUGGACAGCAAGAGGGCGCGGGAGCUGCAGGGGUUUCUCGAUGGAGUCAAGAAGGGCCAGGAGCAGGUGCUGGGGGACCUGUCCAUGAUCCUGUGUGACCCCUUCGCCAUCAACACGCUGGCGCUGAGCACAGUCAGGCACCUGCAGGAGCUAGUCGGCCAGGAGACACUGCCCAGGGACAGCCCCGACCUGCUGCUGCUGCUCCGGCUGCUGGCACUGGGCCAGGGAGCCUGGGACAUGAUUGACAGCCAGGUCUUCAAGGAGCCUAAGAUGGAGGUAGAGCUCAUCACCAGGUUCCUCCCGAUGCUCAUGUCCUUCCUGGUGGAUGACUACACUUUCAAUGUGGAUCAGAAACUUCCGGCCGAGGAGAAAGCCCCAGUCUCAUAUCCAAACACACUUCCCGAAAGCUUCACUAAGUUUUUGCAGGAGCAGCGCAUGGCCUGCGAGGUGGGGCUGUACUACGUCCUGCAUAUCACCAAGCAGAGGAACAAGAAUGCACUCCUCCGCCUGCUGCCGGGGCUGGUGGAGACCUUUGGCGACUUGGCUUUUGGCGACAUCUUCCUCCACCUGCUCACGGGCAGCCUUGCGCUGCUGGCCGACGAAUUUGCCCUUGAGGACUUCUGCAGCAGCCUCUUUGACGGCUUCUUCCUCACUGCCUCUCCGAGGAAGGAGAACGUUCACCGGCACGCGCUGCGGCUUCUUAUUCACCUGCACCCCAGGGUGGCCCCGUCUAAGCUGGAGGCCUUGCAGAAGGCCCUGGAGCCCACAGGCCAGAGUGGAGAGGCAGUGAAGGAGCUUUACUCCCAGCUCGGCGAGAAGCUGGAACAACUGGACCACCGGAAGCCCAGCCCAGCACAGGCUGCGGAGACGCCGGCCCUGGAGCUGCCCCUCCCCAGCGUGCCCGCCCCUGCCCCGCUCUGAGGGUCCUCCAGGCCUGCUCAGGUUCCGGGGCCCUGCUGAGUCGUGGCCCUGCUCAGCCAGAAGAGGCUCCCGGACCUGGGUAUACAGGGCGGUCCCUCCUCCCGGGGCUGUGGCUGGGCCUGUCCUGCGGUUGUGGCCCUUGCUUCCUGCUCCUUGGAGCAGGGUCCCAGACCUUGUCCGCCAUCCACGCAGUGGCUCCGAGGGCACAGCCUCUCCUUGUACUUUCACAGCCACAGAAAGUGUGCUCAUUUUCCGUUUUCCUGGGUUAGGAAAACUGCACCUGUUUUCCAAGGGGAGGGCGGGGCCUCUUCAUUGGCUCAGCCUGGCAAAAGUGAGGCACGCUGCUUACUGCCUUGGGGUUGUGGAGAUGGACCCGUGACCUUGUGGAGGCCGUGUGGGGGCAGCAGCCUGGCCUCUGCCAUGGUGGGUGUCCUGGGGCCUGUGUGGAGGGAGCCACCUCACCCUGUAGACCCGGUCACAGGUGUGGCCAGAACAAGCCCAGGUGCACCUGUGGCCUUGUUUCACCCUUGGAGCCAGCACUCCUCGCCCAGCAGCGCCGCCUUCAGCGGCUGUGACGAGGCCAGCUGGACACAUGGUGAGAUUUUCUCUUAUGUAAAUAAAAGGCGUUUUGGUAAA